CUUGGGAAGUCCCAGUUACUUCCGGCCUCUCGGAGCCAUCCCUCCGGAAGUGCUUGUGGCUUCUGUCUUGUUGGGGUUUUUUACAAAUGCCUAGUCUUUAAGUGGGAAAGAAAAAACAGCUAAGGUCAGCAAGACAAAAAGGAGAAAAGUUGGAAGCACUAAUCCCCAGGAUGUGUCAUUAGCUGGAAAGAAAAAUACAGUUGAGUAGCUGAAGUAAUGCAGGGGCUGGCCUAAUAAUCACAGCAUACCUUGAAUUCGACAUGUCUUUGAGCUGAGUCAGUGCCUCUUCAGAAACCCACAAGGUUUCCUACUGAAGACAUCUGGAUUGUUUCUUUUUUUUUCAUUUCCUGCAACAUCAAUACCAUAAUAAACAUUCUUGCAUUCAUGGCCUUACAUAUUCAUACUUUUAUUUUGUUAAGAUAAAUGGAAUUUUGGAUUGAAAGCCCGAGCCGCGGGGGCGCCAGUGCCGCGAGUCGAGCGGGAGCAGAGGAGGCGAGGGAGGAGGGCCAGAGAGGCAGUUGGAAGAUGGCGGACGAGGCGGCGCUCGCCCUUCAGCCCGGCGGCUCCCCCUCGGCGGUGGUGGCCGAGAGGGAGGCCGCGUCGCCGCCCGCCGGAGAGCCACUCCGCAAGAGGCCGCGGAGAGACUGUCCAGGCCUGGGGCGGAGCCCGGGCGAGCCCGGUGGGGCGGCCCCCGAGCGUGAAGUGCCGGCGGCGACCGGAGGCUGCCCCGCGGCGGCCGCGGCGCUGUGGCGGGAGGCGGCAGCGGCGGGCGAGGAGCGGGAGGCCCAGGCGGCGACGGCCGGAGAAGGAGACAAUGGGCCGGGCCUACAGGGCCUAACCCGGGAGCCGCCGCCGGCCGACGACUUCUACGACGACGACGACGACGACGACGAGGGCGAAGAGGAGGAAGAGGCGGCGGCGGCGGCGGCGAUUGGGUACCGAGAUAACCUUCUGUUUGGUGAUGAAAUAAUCACCAAUGGUUUUCAUUCCUGUGAAAGUGAUGAGGAUGAUAGAGCCUCGCAUGCAAGUUCUAGUGACUGGACUCCAAGGCCACGUAUAGGUCCAUAUACUUUUGUUCAGCAACAUCUCAUGAUUGGCACAGAUCCUCGAACAAUUCUUAAAGAUUUAUUACCAGAAACAAUUCCUCCACCUGAAUUGGAUGAUAUGACACUGUGGCAGAUUGUUAUUAAUAUCCUUUCAGAGCCACCAAAAAGGAAAAAAAGAAAAGAUAUUAAUACAAUUGAAGAUGCUGUGAAAUUAUUACAAGAGUGCAAAAAAAUAAUAGUUCUAACUGGAGCUGGGGUUUCUGUUUCUUGUGGAAUACCUGACUUCAGGUCAAGAGAUGGUAUUUAUGCUCGCCUUGCAAUAGACUUCCCAGACCUUCCAGACCCUCAAGCAAUGUUCGAUAUUGAAUAUUUCAGAAAAGAUCCAAGACCUUUCUUCAAGUUUGCAAAGGAAAUAUAUCCCGGACAGUUCCAACCAUCUCUCUGUCACAAAUUCAUAGCCUUGUCAGAUAAGGAAGGAAAACUGCUUCGGAACUAUACUCAGAACAUAGAUACACUGGAACAGGUUGCAGGAAUCCAAAGGAUAAUUCAGUGUCAUGGUUCCUUUGCAACAGCCUCUUGCUUGAUUUGUAAAUACAAAGUAGACUGUGAAGCUGUACGAGGAGAUAUUUUUAAUCAGGUGGUUCCUCGUUGUCCUAGGUGCCCAGCUGAUGAACCACUUGCUAUCAUGAAGCCAGAGAUUGUCUUUUUUGGUGAAAAUUUACCAGAGCAGUUUCAUAGAGCCAUGAAGUAUGACAAAGAUGAAGUUGAUCUCCUUAUUGUUAUUGGGUCUUCCCUGAAAGUAAGACCAGUAGCACUAAUUCCAAGUUCCAUACCCCAUGAAGUGCCUCAGAUACUAAUAAAUAGAGAACCUUUGCCUCAUCUGCAUUUUGAUGUAGAGCUUCUUGGAGACUGUGAUGUCAUAAUUAAUGAAUUAUGUCAUAGGUUAGGUGGUGAAUAUGCCAAACUUUGCUGCAACCCUGUAAAGCUUUCAGAAAUUACUGAAAAACCUCCACGAACACAAAAAGAGUUGGCUCAUUUGUCAGAGUUGCCACCCACACCUCUUAAUAUUUCAGAAGACUCAAGUUCACCGGAAAGAACUUCACCACCAGAUUCUUCAGUGAUUGUUACACUUUUAGACCAAGCAACUAAGAGCAAUGUUAAUGAUCCUGAGGUGUCUGAACCAAGAGAUCAUAUGGAAGAAAAAUCACAGGAAGGACAGAAUUCUACUAGGAACAUUGAAAGUGUUACUGAACAGCUGGGAAGUCCAGAUUCGAAGAAUGUUGACUCUAAUACUGGGGAAAAAAAUGAAAGAACUUCAAUUGCUGAAACAGUGAGGAAGUGCUGGCCAGCUCGACUUGCAAAGGAGCAGAUUAGCAAACGGCUUGAUGGUAAGGAAGCACUGUUGAACCGUUUUGAAGGUAAUCAGUAUCUGUUUUUACCACCAAAUCGUUAUAUUUUCCAUGGCGCUGAGGUAUAUUCAGACUCUGAAGAUGACGUGUUAUCCUCUAGUUCUUGUGGCAGUAACAGUGAUAGUGGAACAUGCCAGAGUCCAAGUUUAGAAGAACACUUGGAGGAUGAAAGUGAGAUUGAAGAAUUUUACAACGGUUUGGAAGACGAUGCUGAUGUUAAUGAGAGAGCUGGAGGAACUGGAUUUGGAGUUGAUGGAGGUGAUCAAGAGGCAGUUAAUGAAGCUAUAUCCGUGAAACAGGAAGCAACAGACAUUAACUAUCCAUCAAACAAAUCAUAAUGUAAUAGUUGUCCAGGUACAGGAAUUGUUCCACCAGCAUUAGGAACUUUAGCAUGUCAAAAGGAAUGUUUACUUGUGAAUUCAACAGAGCAAGGAAACCAGAAAGGUGUAAUAUUUAUAGACUGGUAAAAUAAGAUUUUUUCUUCAUGGGUAAUUUUUAACUUCUUAUUUCUGUACUUGUACAUGCAACACUAACUUUUUUUAAAAGAAGGGUACUAAGUAUCUUUAAUCACCUGUUGGUCAAGACUUUUCUUUUAAAAGUUCAUUUGUAUGAUACAUCCGUUAUGUAUAUAUAAUUUUGUUCUUGCCUAGUGAGUUUCAACAUUUUAAAGUUUUCAAAAAGCCAUUGGAAUGUUAAAUUAAUGUAAAGGGAACAGCUUAUCUAGACCAAAGAAUGGUAUUUUCACACUUUUAUUUGUAACAUUGAAUAGUCUGAACUCCUCAAAUGUCUGUUCUGCUAAACUUUUGAUUCUUUAUUAGCACAAUUACCUAUUUUUAAACACUGGCAUUUUCCAAAACUUGUGGCAGCUAACUUUUUAAAAAUCUCAUAACAUGCAGUGUGUGUAGAAGGAAGUCAACAAUAUGUGGGAGAGCACUCAGUUGUCUUUGCUUUUUAAAGUAAGACUUGGUGCUAAGAAUUUCAGGAAUAUUGUAUUGUUGAAAUGAAGAUGGCUUUUGUACUUCCUGUGGACAUGUAGUAAUGUCUAUAUUGGCUCCUAAAACUAAUCUGAAAAACAAAUAAAUGCUUUGGAAAUGUUUCAAUUGCUUUAGAGACAAUAGUGCCUGCCUGGGUACCCUUAGUUUCAAGAAUAUUUGCCAUUGUUGUUUAAAUACAUAUCACUGUGGUAGAGCUUGCAUUGAUUCUUUCCCACAAGUAUUAAACUGCCAAGAUGUGAAUAUGCAGAGCCCUUAUGAAUCUAUAAUAAUGGUACUUCAACUGGGAAGAGUGUAAUAUUUUGGACUGCUGCUUUUCUUUUCCACUAAUGAGGAGAGCAACAGGCCCCUGAUUACAGUUCCAAAGUACUAAGAUGUUAAUUAUAACUCAGCCAGUAAGUACAUGUCUCCUGUUGGGAGGAUUUGGUGUAAUAGACACCAAACUGCUAGCCUAGUAUUAUGGAGAUGAACAUGAUGUAACUUGUAAUAGCAGAAUAGUUAAUGAAGUUAGUUCCUGUAACAUCUUUAUUUAAAAGCUUAGCCUGCCUUAAAACUAGAGAUCAAACUUUUCUCAGCUGCAGAAGCUUCUAGCCUUUCAAAAAAUUCAUACUUUAUAAAAUUGCACAGAGCAAUUUAUUUUCCAGACCUUGCCCCCACAUUAUUUCCAAAUAUAAAGUAUUCCUAUGUUGCUUUAGUAUUUAUUACAAUUUUAAAAAAGGUUUGAAAUAUAGCUGUUCUUUAAGCAUAAAAUACCCAGCUAGGACCAUUACUGCCAGAGAGAGAAAUUUUAUUGAAUGGCCAUUUCCCUACCUAAAAGAUGUUUCAGUCUGAAUUUAUUUGGCUACACUAAAGAAUGCAGUAUAUUUAGUUUUCCAUUUGCAUGAUGUGUGUUUGUGCUAUAGAUGAUAUUUUAAAUUGAAAAAUUUGUUUUAAAUUAUUUUUACAGUGAAGACUGUUUUCAGCUCUUUUUAUAUUGUACAUAGUCUUUUAUGUAAUCUGGCAUAUGUUUUGUAGACUGUUGAAUGACUGGAUAUCUUCCUCCAACUUUUGAAAUACAAAACCAGUGUUUUAUACUUGUACACUGUUUUAAAGUCUAUUAAAAUUGUCAUUUGACUUUUUCCUGUUAA